AUCCGCCGCCUGGAAGCCAGCGGAGCCGCCUACCUCGCCGUCCCUGCCCGGCCGCCCGGAGCCACCGGUAGACUGCCCUUUGACCCUGAGUCCCUGACCGGCCUGAAGGCUGACACCCGCAACCUGCCGCUGCCUGCCCCGCUUGGCGCCCGGCCGGCUGCUGUCCGCGCAGUCGCGCAGGCGCACCACCGCGCCCUGCUGACCGGACUGCUGGAGCCGCCCACUUCCAGUGCGCUCCGCGGCCGCUUCCUCAGCCGCUGAUCCUCCGGUCCUCCCCAAUCCCCAUCCCCUGCUCAGCUCAGAGAGUGUGCAAUGGAUUUAGAGUCCACCAAAUUACUAUUGCGAUUUCCAAGAGAAAGUACACAGUACUCAGCUGGUGUAAUUGAAUUUCUGGAGUUUGCAUAUAAAGAUUUACCAGCAGAUGCAAUGAUCCGAUGUCCAUGUGAAGAUUGUGUUCACACUAAAGUAUUAUCAAGGGAUGAUGUCCGUGACCAUUUGAUGUGGAAUGGAAUGCUUCAGAGCUAUGACAAAUGGGUUUUUCAUGGUGAGUCUUCAUCCGGUCACAAUGAUGAUCAACAACCACAACCUGAAACUGAAGAAAAUGCUAAUAUGAAUGAAAUGAUUAUGGAUUCAAUUAGGAAAAUAUAUGAUGGUGAUGUGCCUAUGAGUGAUAGUACAGAUUUUUCAAAUCCACUUCCUGAUGGAGCAACUAAAGAAGCAGAAGCAUUGUACAAAUUAAUUCAAGAUUCAGAGAAGCCUUUGUGGCCAGGAUGUGAAUUGUCUCAGCUUUCCUUACUUGCACUUUUGUUCAAUACAAAAUCCAUGAACAAAUGGUCAGGUAAGUCAUUUGGCCAUCUACUUAAUAUUCUGCACAUGGCUAUUCCAAAUGGUAAAGCUCUGCCCCAAAAUUUUUACGAGGCCAAGAAGAUCAUAUCAAAGUUUGGAUUAGGAUAUCAAAAAAUUCAUGUUUGCCCAAAUAACUGUCAGUUGUUCUGGAAAGAGACAGAAAAUGAUGAUUUUUGCUCUAAAUGCAAGGCAUCUAGGUGGAAAGAUAAAAUGCCCGAAACCAAGUUAACUAAAAAGGAAAGAAAGAGAGCUACCCCAAUGAAAGUUCUGAGAUACUUUCCAAUCAAAGAGUGGCUGAAAAGGAUAUUCAUGUGCAAAGAAACAACAACUCUAGCUCGAUGGCAUGAUGAAGGGCGCACCAAGCAGCAUGGAGUGCUACGACAUCCAGCAGAUUCCGAGGCAUGGAAGAAAUUUGAUGAGAAGCAUGGGUUUGCAGAUGAUUGUCGUAAUAUUCGGUUUGGCAUAGCAACAGAUGAAUUUAAUCCAUAUGGGAUGCUGAGCAAUAAAUAUAGUUGUUGGCCAGUUGUGCUAGUCAUGUAUAACCUGCCUCCAUGGCUAUGCAUGAAGAAAUCUUAUCUGUCAUUGUCUUUGAUUAUUCCUGGACCUAAGAGCCCUGGAGAUAAGAUUCAUGUUUUUAUGUAGCCUCUUUUAGAAGAUUUGAGAGAUCUUUUUGUGAAUGGGAUGACAACCUAUGAUGCAUCCGAACAGAAAACAUUUAAACUCAGAGCGGCUGUCUUGUGGACCAUAAAUGAUUUCCCAGCAUUAGGAAUGCUUGCUUCAUAUAUGGUGCAUGGAGAUUAUGCAUGUCCACCUUGUGGUGCAAAUGUAUGGACCAAGCGCUUGAAAUAUGGCAAGAAAGCUUGUUUUAUGGGUCACCGGCGAUUUCUGCCACCUGAUCAUGAAUUUCGUAAUGAUGCUUCUGCUUUUGAUGGAACAACUGAGAAUAGAACAGAGCCUAUAACCUAUUAUGGUCGUUCCGUAUUAGAUGACAUAGCUGCAUGUGGAGAUUUUAGUACCUCAAAAACUUACAAAGGAAAAAGUAGUCUAUUCACAUUACCAUAUUGGGACAGUAAUCUCCUUCGACAUAAUCUGGAUGUGAUGCAUAUAGAGAAGAAUGUGUGUGAUAAUAUUUUUGGCACACUUCUCAAUUUGGAUGGGAAGUCAAAAGAUAAUGUACAGGCUCGUCAAGAUCUUGAAGAUAUGAAUAUUAGAGGGGAGCUACAUCCACAGAAAAAACCUUCAGGCAAGUAUUACCUGCCACCAGCUAUCUUUACCAUGUCUAAGAAAGAAAAGCAAUUAUUCUGCAAAGUUAUACAUGAUAUAAAAGUUCCUAAUGGAUAUUGUGGAAAUAUAUCGAAAUGUGUGAAUUUUACUGAAGGAAAAAUUAGUGGCCUCAAAACACAUGAUUGUCAUGUCCUAUUGCAUCAAUUUCUGCCAAUUGCUGCAAGAGGUAUUCUUCCAGAUGGUGUUACAGCAGUACUAUUUGAACUGUCAUCAUAUUUUUGAGGCAUAUGUUCAAAAGUUCUUCAUGUUGAUGAGCUUGACCGUUUGGAAGAAAGAAUCAAACUUACACUCUGCAGAAUGGAGAUGAUAUUUCCUCCUGCUUUUUUCACUGUUAUGGUGCACUUAGGGUGCGUUUGGUUGCAAGGGCGGUCAUGAAUGGGUUGGGAUCGUUCAGAAAAUAGACAUGUUUGGUUAUAAAGCACAUGAAUGGUUCGAGCCAAAAAAAGAGAAUAUGCC